AUGGCUAUGACAACAACAUUAGAUGAUUAUCUGAACAAAUUUGUUCAGGUAAUCACUGGUGACGGUAGAGAUAUCAUUGGAACACUAAUUGGUUUUGAUCAAGCUACAAAUGUUGUUUUAUCAAAUUCUAGUGAAAGGAUUUAUGCUGCUGAUAAACCAUUAAGUAUUGUUAGUUUAGGUCUACAAUUAAUUAAAGGAAGUAAUGUAGCAAUGGUGGUAUUAGUUGAUGAAGAUGUUCAUGAAAAAAUUGAUUGGGAACAAUUGAUUGCUCCACCAAUGGGAGUAAUUUGGGAGCCAGAAUAA